AUGGUGGAGGCUGAGAUGAAGGCACACUCAAUCCAGCAUCUGAAAGCCAACGAAUUCCCUCGUCUCCAAUGUUUGGAGAUUCCGUUGGGUCACACAGUGUACCUUGAAGAGACUCAGGACUCGACAGAGCAAAACAGUGUGCUGGAGACAUAUUUCCAGUGCUCUUCGAAUAACAUUCGGGAACGAGUUCUGCUGGACCUGUUGGAGUCUGUCAUGGAGGAGCCACUCUUCGAUACACUACGGACGAAGCAGCAACUCGGAUACAGUGUUUUCUGUGGCGUUAGGCUCACUGGAGGGGUCCUCGGCUACGUGGUGGUCGUGCAGUCGGCAGUUGCAGGCCCGGCAACUCUAUGGGAGAGAGUAGACGAGUUCUUGCGAGACUUCAGGAAGUCGGUGUUGGUGGACAUGAGUGAGGAAACCUUCGCCUCACAUGUUGUGUCCUUGGCACGGAGUAAGCUGGAGCCGCCACGCACCUUGACGGAAGAGGCCACGACUAUGUGGUGUGAGGUCCAGGAGAGUCGAUACAACUGGAACGGUUGCAUCGAGGAGACCAAGGAGCUCGCUGGCAUGAAGAAGCAGGACUUGAUCAACUUGUAUGACGAGUUCUUCUGGGAGGAGAAUCGCAGGAGAAUAUUCAGCGUAGCGCUCGUCGGCUCAGGCUCUAAAUACAGUUAUGAUGCUGAAAAGAAGAGCUUCCAGUCCAUGAAGGGCGCUGCCUUGGCUGACUCCGUUCAAGAGUUCAGAGCUAGCUCCCAUUAUCUUGAGAACCCUAGCUAUCGAGGACAGUGA